AAUUGUCUUUUAACAUUUGUCAAAGAAUGGAAAUUCUCUAACGUGCAUUACCAUAAAGUCUAAUUUUAUGCAUUAUAAAACCUCAUUUUCAUCUUCUUACUUCAUAGAUCACAUUUGUCAUUAGACCAAAGUAUGGCUUCUCUUUUACCACCAUCGGUGGCCAUAUCCGGCGGCAGCGGCACCGCCACUUCUUUCCUUCCAAAAACUUCCCAACUUUCAAUACCCGGUAAACGAAAGCCAAACUUCAUAUCCAAACCAGUGUCAUGCAAAGCCACAAAUGGUGAUGAUCAAAACAAGUUUGAUAGAAGAGACAUUCUCCUUGGCCUUGGAGGUCUUUACGGCGUAUCCUCGCUUAACGAUUCGUUAGCAUUUGCGAAGCCGGUCACCGGCCCGGACUUCACUCAUUGCGGUCGACCGGACCUACCUACCGGUGCCGCAAACAUCAAUUGUUGCCCACCGCCGUCGACGAAAAUCGUGGAUUUCGUCCUCCCUCCUUCGAAUGCCCCAUUACAAACUCGGCCAGCAGCUCAUUUAGUUAAUGAUGAUUACUUGGCUAAAUUUUCCAAGGCCAUUGAGCUAAUGAAAGCUCUCCCUGCUAGUGAUCCACGUAGUUUCAUGCAACAAGCAAAUGUUCAUUGUGCUUAUUGUGAUGGUGCUUAUCAUCAAUUAGGGUUCCCUGAUCUUGAUCUUCAAGUUCAUAAUUCAUGGCUGUUUUUCCCCUUUCAUAGAUUUUAUCUUUAUUUCUUUGAAAAAAUAUUAGGGAAAUUGAUUGAUGAUCCAACUUUUGCAAUGCCAUUUUGGAAUUGGGAUUCUCCUGCCGGCAUGCAAAUGCCUGCUAUUUAUGCAAACCCUAAUUCUCCCCUCUACGAUAAGCUUCGUAACGCCCGUCAUAAACCGCCGACCCUUCUCGAUCUCGAUUACAACGGCGUUGACGAAACCUUGUCAAGUAAAGAUCAGAUAUCGAGUAACCUCAACGUCAUGUAUAGGCAAAUGGUGUCUAAUGGGAAAACUGCUAAGCUUUUCCUAGGGAAUGCUUAUCGUGCCGGGGAGGAACCGGACCCCGGUGCCGGUUCCCUUGAGAACAUCCCUCACGGGCCGGUCCACAUUUGGUGCGGUGACAACACGCAACAGAAUUUUGAGAACAUGGGGAACUUUUAUUCGGCCGGGAGAGACCCUAUUUUCUAUGCUCAUCACUCAAAUGUGGACCGGAUGUGGUCGGUUUGGAAGACAUUGGGAGGGAAACGAACCGAUUUCACCGACUCGGAUUGGUUAGACUCGGCUUUUCUUUUCUACGAUGAAAAUGCUAAUCUUGUACGUGUUAAGGUUCGUGAUUGCCUUGACACUAAGAAAUUACGAUACGAGUAUCAAAACGUCGAAAUCCCUUGGUUAAAAACCAAGCCAACACCUAAAAGGGUUAUAAGUAAAGUGAAAAGAGCUUUGGGAGUUGCCAAUGCGGCAGAGACAAAGAAAAAGGUUGUAAGAAAUGUUAAGUUCCCUCUCGUUUUAGACGAUAUCGUCAGCCUCGAAGUUGCAAGGCCGAAGAAAUCAAGGAGUAGAAAAGAAAAGGAAGAAGAAGAGGAGGUGUUGGUGAUUGAGAACAUCGAAUUUGACCGACAUCAAGUGGUGAAAUUUGAUGUGUACAUUAACGAUGAAGAUGACACGGUGAUCGGACCAGACAACACCGAAUUCGCGGGGAGUUUCGUCAAUGUGCCGCAUAAACAUAAGCAUGGGAAGAAAAUGGCAACAUUUUUGAGGUUAGGGUUGACGGAUUUGCUGGAGGAAUUGGAUGCUGAGGAUGAUGAUGGUGUUGUGGUCACUUUGGUGCCUAAAUUUGGUAAGGGUUUAGCUAAGAUUGGUGGCAUCAAAAUUGAGUUUGCUCGAGAUUGAUCUACUAGUUUCAUGUUUUUUUAGACAAAAUUAUUAAUUGUCUAAUGUUUUGUUUGUUUAUUGAGAUGUACUAUUACUAUCUCUUGUUUUAGCAAUAAAAAAAAAUGAGCAUUACUUUA